AUGAAUCCUCGGCGUGAAGGCCAACGAGCAAUCGAAGCUCAAAUGGCUCGAAUGUUAGAGACGGCGAUGCCCGCAAUCCAAGAAGAAAUCAACAACGAGGUGGAACGCUAUCAAGCUGCUAUCCAAGCGUGGAACGAGCAACACGACCGGGUACCUCGUACUCGGAUGUAUAUCCACCGAGACCGUGAACAAGCUGGUUUGCGGCUUUUCAUGGAUUAUUUCUCUGCAGAUCCUCGAUGGAGUGAUCAGAUGUUCCGUCGCCGGUUCCGGAUGCGGAGGAAUGUGUUCUUGCGCAUUGUCAACGCAGUUGUGGCUCGUGACGCGUACUUUAUGCAAACCUUCGAUGCUGUCGGGCGGCAAAGUAUAUCGACUUUACAGAAAUGCACAUCCGCCCUCCGCCAACUCGCUUACGGAACAGCUGCAGAUAUGUUUGAUGAGUACCUCCAUGUGAGCGAGCAUACUGGACGCGCUUGCCUAGCCAAAUUCUGUCGGGCAGUGAUCGAAGCAUUCAAGGACACAUACUUGAGAAAGCCAACGUCCGACGAUGUUCGCAGAUUGGUGCGAAUGCACGAGGAGAGGCACGGCUUCCCGGGGAUGCUGGGCAGCAUCGACUAUAUGCACUGGCCGUGGAAGAAUUGUCCGAUGGCUUGGAGAGGAGCAUUCACUAGCGGGCACAAGGGCUCGCAUCCAACGAUUGUGUUGGAGGCCGUUGCCGACCAACGGUUGUGGAUCUGGCAUGCCUACUUUGGAGUCGCUGGGUCGAACAACGACCUCAAUAUGUUGAACGGGUCUCCAUUGUUCAACGACUUGUGUGCCGGGCGAGCGCCUACCGUAGAGUUCACGGCCAACCACCGUCGGUACACUAUGGGGUACUAUCUGGCAGACGGGAUCUACCCUAGAUGGCCCGUGUUCGUGAAGACCAUCACAUGUCCGACUACGGAUAGGAGGAAGUUGUUUGCCAAAAAGCAAGAGGCGGCUCGGAAAGAUGUGGAGGACCGGCCCGUGGUUGGCACCGUCCGCUAA